AUGCUGGGCGAGCAUUGCCGCGUUCCGCCCAUGCUCUCCGCCUACGACUCCGACGCGCUCGACCUCUCGCAAUGCUCCGCACAGAGGGGAGAAAAAUCCGCCGUUUCCUUUUCCGCGAAUCGCCUUGCCCUGUCCGCGCUACAAGUGGGCUCGAAAACGGCCAACGGCGGCAGGCUGUGCGAGCACCUGGAGGAGAAGAAGCGCUUAGCAGCUCGGCAGCAGGCGUGGCUAUGGCCGUGGUCGUCCGGCGGGCGUGAGAACGAUCGAGGAAAACGUUCCGCAAGUGCUGGUGUUGCUUCUUCCGCCGGAACGGCGGCGUUGGCGGGAGGGCCGUCUUUCGCCUACGUGACGUUGAUCACGGGGAAGAAUCUCGUCGCAUCCGCGAUCGUUUUCGCGCAGGCGUUGCGUGCGACUCGCACGCCGCACCACAUCGUGCUGAUGAUUGCCGACGGAGGAGAAAUGUCUUCAGUGCCUCCUCAGCUACACGACUUUUUCGAUGCGGUUAUACGAGUGGAGUGGAUCCCGAACCCGUUCAAGGCGAUAUUUUUCACGAAGUUUCACGUUUGGCGAAUGGUGGAGUUCGCGAAAGUCGUGUACUUGGACGUGGAUACCCUGCCGCUCGCGAAUGUGGACCACUUGUUCGAGCGGCCCGAGAUCACCGGAGCGCCUGGGUUCUUCUUGGUCAACCAAUUCAACGCGGGUAUCAUGGUCGUCAAGCCGUCGCUGGCCACAUACGACGCGCUCCUGCGCAGCAUCGACGUGAUCGGCUCCGUGGAUCGCGGCGACCAGGGCUUCUUAAACGCCUUCUUCACGAACUACCCCAACCAGACCACGUCGCACCGCCUCGACUACCGUUAUAACGCCAUGCUGACGUACCCCGACCAGUACCCCCCUCCCCCAUGGUACGACCCGGAAAACGCACACGAGAUUCUUGGACCCGUCAUGAUUCUCCACUAUGGCGGCCCGUGGGGGAAGCCGGCAGGGUUCGGGAAGAUUAAACCCGUGUCGGGGCCGAAUGCGUGCACGCACCGCUGUUGGGAGAAGGGGCGGCAGCCGGUUACCAGGUGGUUGGCGAUGUGGUUCGAGUUGUCGCAGGCGUUGUUCGCGAAUUGCUGGCGUCCGCUGGAAAGGGCGAAAGUGGAGGCGUUGCUGGUUAACGGGUUGCCCAAUAAGGAGGACUACGAGUGGGUGCGCGUGGCGGGGCGCUCGAGGGGGCUGCUGGGGGAGGAGGCGCAGAUGCAGAACGCGCAAAGGGGACGGGUCGGGGGGAAAGCGGAGAGGGAAGCGAGGAGAGGGGAAGUGGGAGCGGUGGGUAAUUUGGCAGAGGGAGGGUGGGAGAAGGGGGUGGGGGAGGAGGAGGGGCAGCAGAUGGAGAAAAAGGCGGGGAAGGAGGGGGAGAAGGGGGAGAAGGUGCAAGCGGUUGUGGAAGUUCAGCGAGCGUCUAUGUGGAGACGACCUACCUUGGCAGCAGAAAUUGAUGUGGGGGUGGAGGAUGAUGAGGAGAUGGAUGCUGCUGCUACCGCUGAUGUUGCUGCUGUGGUUGCUGCGAGGAGCGCGAGGAAGAUGGUGUUUGCGACGGUGGUGGGUCCUGCGAGCGUGGAGCACGCAUACGUGUGGGCGAUGUCGUACGACAAGUACCACGAUCCUGCUCAGGUGGAGCAGCAGCUGCAGGGACAGCGCCGGCAGAACAGGAACAGAGGACGAGACAGCGGCAACAGCAGCAGUCUGGCGGAGGAGCAGACGGAAGAGUUACUCCUGCUUACGCGGCACGACACGCUUGUCCUCGCGCUCUCCUCUGUUCCCGAACCAGCACUUGCGAAUCUUCGCCGGUUGUUCACGCAUGUUCGCGUGGUGGAGCCGAUUUCGGUAUGGGAAGGCAGAGGGAGGAGGGAGCUUGCGGAGGAGUUUGUCGUUUUGCAUCUUUGGAACCAGACGGAUUUUCGGAGGGUUGUUUAUGUCGACCCGCUUUCGCUCUUCAAGGAUAACUGUAACCACAUGUUCGGCGAGUUUCGCCCAUUCGCUGCCCCGCCGCUUCGCUUCCCGCCAGACAUGUUCUCUACCAGAGUGAUGCUGAUUCAACCGCACUCCGCAACUUUCCGCCACAUGGUUUCGGCGAUUGAGUUGGCCCCCUUGCGCCCGCAGCAGACGGUGUAUCUGGACCUGUUUCUAAACGCGUAUUAUGGGACCUGGUACAGGGAGAACACUCUGCACCGCAUGCCUUAUGAAUACGGGCUAAAUUUGUGGUUACGGCAGAGGUUGCAUCAGUACUACCCGCACCCUCGGAUUGUGAACUUUGAUGGGCGGUCCCCGUUGGAGACGGAGGAAUUAGACAGCUGGAAGGACUUUGACAAACGGAGGGGGAACAUGGGGCAGGAGUGGCUGGAUCUGCGCAAAGCUGCGCUUACUCAGCUGGAGAAAUUACUGUAG